CACCUCGUGUGAAGGAGAUAGAAAGGCAACCUAUCCUAUCCUAUCCUAUCCUAUCCUUCAACUUUUUGUUUUUUUUCCAAAACUAAUCAAUCUUAGAAAACGAUGUUGAUUGAUUCACCAGUUCAACUCUAGAUUACAGUUUCACACGCAACUCAAAUAUCGACUACGACUAUUUCGCAUCUCCAUCUGUACAUCGAAUAACAAUGUCGUUUGCUCUCUCCCCUGCAUGGAAUGGAAAACCAAAAGCUCGGAUGCGCCGUCUUGUAACUCUGCCGUCGGCUUCUAAGCGACUUGAUCCUGCUGCGAUAAACGAGACAGACUGACGCAGCGCGCACGUCUUUCUUUCUUUUUUUGUCGACGGAGAGUAUCCUGGCCACCCGGCAGCGCAAUUCAGAAAUCCAAAGCACUUCAUCGAGAGUACGUUUUUGACUGAAGCGCUGCGUUGCGUAAAGCAGGUGGACUUCGCAGCUUCGGACGAAGCUGUAGAGGAAGAACUACUAGAAAUAUAGCGCUUGUGCAGCUAGAGUAGAGUUAGAAUCCGAGGCCGUGGACCAUUUAAUCCGGCCACGUGCACGGUUAGCGGUAAGUAGCCACUGCAAAGACAACGACAAGAAAAUCUUCAUCUUCUUUUCAGCGAUGGGCAUUCGCCGGGCGAAGCGCGAACAGUUGUAGAUUUGCAUUAGUAACACCGGCGACAAGUAGUCGUGGCCGCUGCGUGGGGUCCGUGCAGAUUUUCAAACUCAUCUACUUCCAGCAGCGAAGAAGGUUGAAGUAGUGUUGAGUAACUUUCCGCAAUAGAAGCGACUGCGUUGGUUUGCGAUAGCGAUCGGACCACGCAACAGCUGACGCGAGCAGUACAGUGCUUCAACAAGAAGAAAAACUAGGCCAGUAGAAGCGGAAAAGUAGUUCGAAUAAACCAUCCCGGAGCUGCUGCUGCUCGUACGAAAGUUUGGCUAGUCUCACUCGUCUGAGUACGUGCUGCAGCGCCCGACAGUACAACUGCAUUUUUAUGCCCACGACGAGUAAAGUAAAGCGUCCUUUUCUUUUUCAGCCAAGGGACUCACAGCGACCAAGAGGAAAGUGUCAGCGAAGGCUUCUUCAAUACUGCGGGAAAUAAACGAAAAAGAAAAUCAGCGACUACUCAACAAGUACAAUUUCUUCGUCGACAAACAAAGCAAGAACCAAAGAAGAUGUUGAUGCAAUACAAGGGUCCCAAUGGUGGCAAGGUGAAGAGGCCAACGACCGUCGGCGGCGCUCGAUCACGGUCAGCCUCAGCAACAGGAGGAAAGAGUGGAGGCGCAGCUAGGAGUAAGUCACCACCACGUCCUUUCGCCGCACCAGCAGGUGGCGAUCUCAGCGUACUGGAUUUCCACACCGGAGCGGGGGUGUCCGAAUGCGCAGUGUGCAGGACGUUGUGCGAAACUUAUGCAGCAAGUCUAGUAGCGGAGAAAACGCAGAUAUCGCCAUUCGACCGACUAGUUGCGCAGGACUUCAUACCUGCGAAAGAAUUAGCCGGAGGACAGGGACUGUGCAGAUUUCAUGCCUAUUGGAAGCGGAGAUUCGACAUUUUGGCGUUCAUUAACAAGGGACUGAGGGAAAACGUAUUUUUCGUUUUUAGUGAUUGAGAUUUGGAAAUCUACAUCAAGAUCAUCUAUCCCAUGAUCUUAUAUUUCUCAGAGUCGCGAUUUUUUCGUAAAAAAACUCUUAUGUUGAGCUACACCAACUAGUACACCAAGUCCUUCUACAACAUCCAAAACCUUAUAUUAAUACAUCGAUCUCCAACGACACCCUCGUCAGAUACGAUACGAGGCCUUAUACGACCUACUAGCGGCACUAGACCCCUACGCAAAGGAGUCAUUUGAAUGGCUCUUAACUGACAUAAAAACCGAAGUCGAAAAUAAACAAUUGGUGACGAGGGGAGAGGUAUAGAACUUUGCGUGUGGUAAAUUGGUGAGAAGGGGAGAGAUAUAGAACCUUGCGUGUAGUAAGCAAGCAUGAUUCAGAAUACUGACUGCAUGCUUGUAGCAGCAUCAUGCUUCGUCAACACUACCGAUCGCAUCAUUCAACGAGAACACCAUACUCUCCCUCUAUCUCAACCUCAACAGGUCCGCACCUCAUUAAUCAAAGAGGCUAGGAGAUUAACCGAUCUGUGGGAUGCCCAGGUGGAGGACUUAGAUACUCAAAUAGCGUACUCAAUAGGAGACUUGCAGAGCCGGCAAGCGCAGGACUUGGCCUUUGAAUUCGAGAACUUGGAGAGUGCAUACUUAUGGCUGGAGAAUUGCUACAACUCUUUUUUGUUGGCUAUUAAGUUGUUUCUAAGUAAGUAGUAAUGCAGUAAACCUUAACUUCCUUCAAAGAGAGAAAGUCUAGGGUAGAUUCUUGUGGUUUUCUUGUUGUGCUGGUGGUUACUUUGGUUCAUUUGGUUGAACAAGGACUUACCUACCUCUAACAUUCGCAAAAAAGAAGGUGCAUUAUAGCAGUGCGCUUUUAGAGCUGUUCCAACAGGAACCGAGAAUGAAAAGUGCAGGUGCCUUCAACGAAGCCUUGAAGGUAGUCGAUGCAGGGAAAAAGUUAGAGCAGGUACCACAACAACUUAGAAGACACGAGAUUCUUGUACUUGCUGUAUUUAGCCCACGACGAGGUUGUACUAGUAUCAUGGCUUUUCUGCAUAGCAGAAGGCAGCGUCGUCAGCGAAAAACUGAUGAGGUCAGAAAUUCACAUCAAAUCAUCCACAACUACGAGCAUCCAUCACUCUUCUCUUUCCCAGAUCCAAACAAUGCGUUUCAAGCGAGAAAUGGAGAGGGAGAAAUCCCUGAAGCUGUCCUGGAAAGUGUGCCAGCAGACUAGGCAAAUCAACGGCAUCGUCGACAAAAUGCAGAGGCACAGGAGGAAAGAGGAAGCGAAUCGGGAAAUAGAUAGAGAAAGACUCAAAAGUCGAGUCAAAACAGCACUGCUGAGGCUGGAGAAGGUACAACUACCACUACUAACCCCUUAAGAGCAAGAUCAUGUUGGAGUCUACUACAACUAACUUCUCCUUAAGAGCAAGAUCAUGUUAAAAAGUUGAUCUUGAAGUAGUCUGCUCGAAGAGUGAGGACUAGGAGAACAAGUUUGCAGGAAGUGAAAGUCCCUCUUGCAAGAGAAUGGACGCCAUGCAUGUGCAGGCUUCGCCGGUCUUGUGUCGUGCUUGUUCUGUCUUGUCUGUUGCAAUGGGUCACAUACUCACACCAAGAAGCUACCUACAACGCGGACACCUUCUCCAUCGCAGCUCCUCCAUCUCAUUUUUAGGUUCAGCGACAGGCCCUAGUGGUGAUGAGGCCGCCUUUUUUGCAGCAUAUUUAUCGAGUCCGGCAUCUAGUCGAAGUAGAAUCGAAGAAAGACCAGCAAAAUCCGGACGCAUUCAAGCCACGGCCAGCACUGUAACACUAUCUUUGUUUCAUAUUCUUGCUAGAGCCAGGAGCUGAUUGAACCAUCACCAUGGUAAGUACCUUCAAUUAUCAUGUGAAAUUUGCUGCUAUACUUGAUACCUUAUCACGUCACCACCAACACGACCUGUGUACUCCACUCUCCAUGCGACAUCAGAUACGAGGGUCCGGGUCAAACGAGUUUCCGCACAAGAGAUACAGACGAUUUAGGGCGCGACGUGCGUGGGGUAGAUACGUAUCCGGAAUCCAGCACUGAACUUUUCUACAGAAUGAUCAUGGGAAAGAUGCCGGUACUGCUGACGAAUUUCAUUAUAAUUUUCGGCUUUUUGAAGAUGUUCAUGUUAAUGUAGAUCCAUCAUGCUUUGCUCGUGCAUGAUGUAAGAAGAUGAGUAGAAUUAGUUUAUCAUUAUCUUGAUGAUUCAUCUAAAAUAUGCGAUAAUGUUGAAAGAUGUUUUGAUAUUCCCUCGUCCACUCAAUUACAAUUCCAAUUCCAAGUCCAUAUUUUGUUCGUCCUCCAGGACCCGCUUCCCGAGAGGUCCUCGCCUUCAAAGAGCCUUACAACUAGGCAAAGACCAAUGUCACAGAACGGACGGAGGCCCAUAGGGCCGAUGCCUGUGCAGACAUCGACGAGGCCAAAGAGUGCUCCUCUAGUCAACAACUCACAGCUAUAUAACCUCCAAAGUCGCAUGGGGAUAAAUUGCGAUUGGUACCACUUUACUCCUACUAGUAUUUUUAUUGAUCAUGUGCAGCUGAUUUAGACUACAGAUCUUUAUCUACUUUACUACUACUAUUUUUGAUCAUGUGCUGAUUUAGACUACAUGAUAUCUUUAUCUAUGUACUACAUCUACAUCUACAUCAAUACAGGUGCGGCACUUUCACAACGCAACCAACAGAGUUAGAGUUGGAGACGGACAUGCCAGCAUCCGUUCAGCGAGCUUUAGACUCCACCGAGUUUGCGAAUGUCGCGUUGUCGGCACCCUCUGCCGAUAGUCUGAUCCCUGGUCCUAGAGGAAUACCAGACGUCACGAACAACAAGAAGAAGAAAACGAGCAUGCAGAACCUGAAGACGCUGAUAGAAGCACAGAAUGAUGAUGGUAUUGUUCGACUUUUGUGAUCAUUCGCUGCUUACUUAGAUUAUCUAUAUAGAUGCGUAGAUAUUACAUGAGAUAUUAUUAUAUCUUGGACGAGUAGGCGCUUACUUAGAUUAUCUAUACUAUAAGCAGCUGGUUAUUAUAUCUUUCUAAGUUAGAUAUUAUUAUAUCUCGGGGUAGGCUGUCUGUUUUAUAAUUUUUGGAGGUCACCUUCAUUCCGACUACAGCUGAUUCUUCCCUUUUCUGCGAACUGACGUCUACGUUACUUGUUAUUUGCCUAUGCUGUCCCGCAAUCCCACCCUCCACCGUCCCUUCACAACCAGGUGUGCCAACCGUCGUUGCUCGGUGCUGUAGCUUUUCUUGUAUGUAUAGCUGGAACACGAAGAAUUCCCCUACUUAUUUGCGUUCCAGACGCCAUCUUCAAAUUGACCUGAUGCAACGAACGGCACGAAAGGAGACAGGGGAAAGAUUGCCGGACGUGGCGCUUCAUAAAACGAACUGAGAGGUGGAGGAAGAUGUUUCUCCACAAUUUGAGCCCAAAUGAACAACUUCAACUUCAACUACUUCAACACGAACUCAAAUCACACCAAUCAGGGUGCUGCGGGGGAGAAUAAUCUGGGUGGUCUUCAAUCUUGAUAGUUGAACUCGAUCUCGAAAUAUCAUCCUUGAUUGUUGUACUAGUGAACCCUAUUCAUUGUUCCCAUUAUACAAAUGUAAAAAAGUGGCCCAUAUCAAUCUUGUCGAACUAACUGUUUCGAAUCAUGCGGUUGGUAGCCCCGACCGAGAAAACAAGGUCACGCCCUCUUCAUGACCUAUCUCCAUUACGUUGAUUCAUAAGUGUGGUUAAGACGAGUAAACACGUAUAUUUCAAUCAUCGACAUGGACAUCAACAUCCCACCGGUCGUAGUACUAUUUCUACGUCGAUGCCGCAUAAGAGACCUCAUCUCCUUCCCCCAUCUUCCCUGAUCACGGAUGCUACAAGUAGUCUUUGUUUACACCCAUUCAAUGACUUUUUAUUUCCGCAUGGCGAUUACGAGAACUAGUUGUACUUACGUACUACAUGUUGAACUUUUACCUGAACUGUUCUUUCCUUUGUAAUGAUCAACGAACCACAUUAAUGUCCACAUUACUAGAAUUCGAAUUUGACAAAUAUAUUUGACAUAAAUGAUCUUGAUGGUAAAUGAACUAGGUAACAAACUAAAUCACACCUACAACUAUACCUUACAGGUUGUUACCAUUUCUCUGCGUAAUAUUAAUCUUCAAUCUUUUUACAAGAGCUACUGCUACAACAGGGCAGGCUACUUACCACUUGCUGCAACAUGGAUAUUUACGUUGACUUUGAUGUUCAACAGAUGUUGAAACAGUACUAGAGUUCCAUUUUUCUUCCUUCCCAGUUUUUCAGAUGAGCUAGUAUUUCACUCUUGUGCGUGAGAUUCUUGUCUAAGACACUUACUUCGUAGCCCCUCCUGGUGAUGAAGAUGUUGAAUUUGAAACAGCUGCCUUCUUAAUGUUGAUGGUGUAACAUGUCGGAGAUUUUCUGUGGUGUUUCGUAAUCGGUCUUCUAAGCAAGUACGUACAACAAAAG